CCCCCAAGAAGCUUCAUUCGCUUCUUAAACUUGAAAGCAGGAUCAGAGAGAAGAAUAGCCUGCAAGAAUGGCGACGUCCGUCCCACUGGUCAAGAUUGACACCGAGUACAGCGCGGAUGCGGUCGAGUGGUGCCCAACCAGCGCCGAGCCACUGCUCGCAUGCGCAACGUAUCAGCUGGCAGCCGCAGAGCAAGAGCCAGAGCCAGAGCCAGAGAAGUCUUCAACGACGACGACGACGACUCAGGAGGAUAGCGACGAUGAGACUGAGAAGCGAACGCCGCCACGAGCGCGCCUCGGUCGACUGCUGCUGUACCGACUGGAGACAGGUGCUGCUGCUGCUGCUGAUGGUGAGACUACGACUCUGCGCGAUGCAGGUCUGAACUCAAGUAACAUCAGGCUUGUGGAGGUCCUGCGACGAGACAUGCCUGCCAUCCUGGACAUCAAAUGGCUGCCAAGAACAAUUGCCAACUCUGAUCCAGUCCUUGCCAUCGUGGAUGCCUCUGGGUUUUUGACUCUCUAUCGGGUUGGCAUGUCUGCCAAAAGCGUGACUCUUGAGGUGCUUUGCCAGUCCAACGCUGUGAGCGAUACUCUCAGACUUUCGCUCGAAUGGAACUGCCGAAUCGACGCGUCAAGUCCUCUGCAAAUCGCAUCUAGCGACUCUGCUGGACAGAUUGCGUUGCAUCAAUUCGCCGAAGGAGAAGUCGCGCUUGUGCAAGAAUGGGAAGCGCACUCGUUCGAAGCAUGGAUUACCGCAUUCAAUCAGUGGAACACGAGCACCGUGUACUCGGGUGGCGACGACUCGCUCUUUCGCGGCUGGGACACUCGAACAGAUUGCACUACGCCCAUCUUUACGUCCAAACGACAUACCAUGGGCGUCUGCAGUCUCCAGAGCCACCCUUCCCGCGAACACAUUUUGGCAUCGGGCAGCUACGAUGAGCACAUUCGACUUUGGGACACGCGCAGCAUGCGAGCCCCAGUUGAGGACAUUCGUGUCCAUGGUGGCGUCUGGCGGCUCAAGUGGCAGGCACAGAAUCCAUCAUUGAUUGCCGCUGCGGCCAUGCAUGGUGGUGUGCCUGUGGUGUCAGUCGACGAGUCCAACAAACCGAGCCUCACUCACCGUCACACUGCGCACGAGUCCAUCGCGUACGGUGUUGACUGGCAUCCGCAGAUCGAGGGCUUGAUUGCCAGCUGUUCAUUUUACGAUCACUCUCUGCAUUUGUGGCGACUUCCGACCAACGCCGACAUGCCCUGAAUCUCUAUCUGAUAAAAGGCCUACAUUUAGAGAAUUACCAAAUCCAUUGUAACAGCGCUGUUCCAGCUGCAUGUAUUGAAGAACAACACUUUCUAAUUCCAGCCACCAAGCGCACUGC